AUGCCCUCUUUUUGGAGUUUAAGAUUUAAAUCUUCAAUUGAAAUUAUUUUAUUCAUACUAAUUUUUACAUGUAUGAUUUUCGGAAUAAAUGGUUUCACUCCAGAGGGUAGAGGUGGUCAUGUAGCAGUAAUAAUUAAAAAUCAGAUUUAUUUUAUGGGUGGCUCUCGUAAAAUCCCAGAUGUUGACCCAAGAAAGAGUUCAAUAAGAGGAUAUAAUUUAUCAAAUGAAGUUUUUUCAUUGGGUCUUACGUCACAAUUCUCCACAGUUAAUCCACCAUAUGUUGACCUUACUGGUACUUCACAAAUGAUAUAUGGAAGUGAAAAAGGAACUGCGGUGGUUGGUGGCCCUAACAAAGAAGAUGUGUAUCUCGUUGGAGGCACAUUACAAAACCUUACUCUUCUUAAUCAAAUUGAUCAUAAUGCAACGAUAACUUCGAAUCAAACAUUAAUGAUAAACGAAUUAAUUAAUACUUGGAAUGUGACGAAUCAAAAUAUUUUUAUUUACCGACCAUCUACGAAAUCUUGGCUUAGUCCUAGUCCAAAUGGAGGACCAACUAUUAGACGUAGAUCAACUUCAACAGUAAUAGGCCAGGAUGGAAGGAUAAUAUAUAUAUUCGGAGGAAGAGCCCAGAUAGAAACUGGAUCACUUACGUUUAUUUGCUUUAAUGAGUUAUAUACAUAUGACACUACCGUGUCAGCAUGGAGUAAGAUUAAUGUUGCUAAUGCUCCUUCUCCUCAAAAAAAUGCAUCGCGAAUUGAUAUGAAUAAUAUCUCAGUAUUCGAUACAAAUUCUUUGACCUGGUCAUACAAGACAGCAGAGUCGUCAACUCCUAUUCAAGCCCGAACAGGCCAUACAGCGACCUUAACACCAGAUAAUAAAAAAAUUAUCAUAAUAGGCGGAACUUCAAGCUAUGUACUAAAUCUUACUACUGCAUAUCCGGUUUUUUUGUCGCUGGAUAUUACUACAGAACCUUAUGAAUAUUCUGAACCAAGUUAUUCUGGAAUACCACCACCUCCAUUAGCAUACCAUACUGGGCUAUAG